CAAGUCCGACUGUACAAAGAACAGCAUUGUCAUGGCCAACAGCACGGACAGCUUGGAAAUGACAAUGUCAAUGAACUUAAGUACCCCCUCCCCGUCCACGAGCGUUGACAAUGUCAAUGGUGUAGACGGUUUCCAGGUAUUUGAUGCAGUGAUUCUAAUCAUGGUUGCCAUACCAACGGUCUUGGGCAACGCCCUCAUCCCGUCGGCACUGAUCUCUUCCGACAAGUUACGAACGACGUCGAACCUGUUCGUCUGUAGUCUCGCGGUGGCAGAUCUCGCGAUAGGUCUGACGGUGAUUCCUCUGUUCGUCGGUCAAAUGGCGGCUCCGCAUGCUUUCGCCUACCGUCCGAGCUGCGUGGCUGCCUUCGGCUGGUCCAUAUUUGUGGAGGCUGCGUCUGUGAUGAGCUUGGUGGCCAUCGCAGUGGACAGGCUGCUAGCUGUGAUGUACCCCAUGCAGUACGUAUCGGAAGUGACGUCUACCCACGCCACGGGGGCUAUUUUAGGGGUUUGGACGGCGGCAGGCGCGGUCACCAUCGUCAUUGUAGUCGGCUUCAAACCCGUCAUCACCAAAUGCCACGUCUCGCAAGUCUUCGACGACUUUUCCCUGCCCGCUUCAGCUUCGCUGGGACUCAUUCUUCCCCUGUUCUGUUUGCUGGUCGUCUACAGCGUACUUCUUAGAGUGGCGAAGGCGCAAGCCGAAAAACUCGGCCACCUAUCGCACAGCCCCAGACACAUCAGCGGGCGCAUGCAGCACCAGGCCCGAAGAACAUUCUCUCUCGUGCUCGGCACCUUCUCUGUCUGCUGGACCCCGUUCAUCGUCACUUCAUACCUACAGCACUACUACCCGGACAGUCGACAUCUCGACCACUUUCUACAGUUCAGCAUCACGCUAGGCAUGGCAAACUCAUGUCUGAACCCCUGGGUCUACGCUCUACGUAACGACGCGUUCCAGGACACGUUCCGACGAAUAUGGCGCCGGUCGUUCCGUAGCCAUGCCUCCGACGGUAGCGGGGAGUUCAUCCCCUUGAGUCGGGUGGGACGCCGACCCAGGGCGACGCUGGUGAAGGAGAAGAUCAGCAUCGCGUCACUUUUGAUAAGUACCCGGACUGUGGUUCUGGUCGGCACCGGGAACUUCCGGAUUCUCAAGGACUAUGACCUGGAUACAAUUCCUCUGUCUCCAUACUGCGAUCAGCGUCCAUAGUAAACAGCUAUCUGAAUAAGCCUGUUCGCGGUG